GAUGCACAACGCGGAAGUGAGCGGGGCCGCGGCCGGCGCUGCGCUGGGAUCCGGGGGGUAUGGACGGGGCCGGCGGGCGGGGGGACCCGGCGCUGGCGGCCUCCGCCCGGGCCCUCUGAGCGCCCACCGGAGCGGCCGCCGCCUCUGCCCGCGGGCGCCGGGCUGAGCUUGGGCCGAGGGCCCGGCAGCGAGGCGCGGAGCGGCCCCGGGGCGAGGGGCCCCGGGGCGAUAGGCCAUGGCCACCCGGCGUCUAACGGACGCGUUCUUGUUGUUGCGGAACAACGCGGUACAGAGCCGGCAGCUGCUGGCCGAGCAAGUGAGUAGUUACGGCUCCUCCAGCCCUCUGAGUUCACGUAGCAUGGCUGCUGCGGAGCUGGAUGAGCUUGCAGAUGAUCGUAUGGCACUGGUGUCGGGAAUAAGUUUAGAUCCCGAAGCAGCAAUUGGAGUAACAAAACGCUUACCUCCCAAAUGGGUUGAUGGAGCAGACGAGAUUCAGUAUGAUAUUGCCAGGGUUAAACAGAAGAUGAAAGAAUUGGCCAGUCUUCAUGAUAAACAUCUAAACAGACCAACGCUGGAUGACAGCAGUGAAGAAGAACGGGCAAUAGAAAUAACAACCCAAGAGAUCACACAGUUAUUUCACAGAUGUCAGAGAGCAGUCCAGGUCUUGCAGAGCAGGUCACGUAGUUGUACAGAACAAGAAGCUCGUGUUCUCAGGAAUGUAGUGUCUUCCUUAGCACAGUCCCUUCAGGAUCUAUCCACCAACUUUAGGCACGCACAGUCUGACUAUCUCAAACGCAUGAAAAACAGAGAAGAAAGAUCCAAACACUUCUUUGACACCUCAGUCCCACUGAUGGAUGAUGGGGAGGAUGAUACACUUUAUGACAGAGGUUUUACAGAUGACCAGCUGGCAUUGGUGGAGCAAAACACUUUAAUGGUGGAAGAGCGGGAACGGGAAAUCCGUCAGAUUGUACAGUCAAUCUCCGACCUCAAUGAAAUAUUUAGAGACUUAGGAGCGAUGAUAGUAGAACAGGGAACAGUUCUAGAUAGAAUUGACUACAAUGUCGAACAGUCGUGUAUGAAAACUGAAGAGGGUCUAAAACAGCUACAUAAGGCAGAGCAAUAUCAAAAGAAGAAUCGGAAGAUGCUUGUUAUUUUAAUUUUGUUUGUUGUAGUAAUUGUCCUUAUUGUUGUUCUUAUCGGUGUAAAGUCACACUAGGUUUCACUUCAUUUUCUGAUUUUUGGAGUUGAUGUGAACUUUUUCCCCCGUGUGAAUGGAUGGACCUGCACUCCGGAAAACUGCAUUGAAUGUAUCAGCCCUUGUGGUGCCAAGUCUGUGCAAUGUUUCUGUAGAAUUCUUCAAAGUACAAGUUUGGUGAGCUGUGAGGUGUUUGUAAAGAUUACGUGGGAAAUGUCAGGGAAUUUGCCCCCGCACAGAUAAUUUGGCGCUCCGCUCUAUGCAGAGGUAUUUGGAAGCGCAAUACUUAAAAAUAAUCACCAAAUUGAAGUUUACCACUGAGCACAGUAAUUAGUGUUACUGUGAACAAAAAUGUGCUGUCUUCUGUAUUCUUGUGUUACAGUUGUUACAGGCUUCAAAUUUAAAUCAUGUUACUGAGUCAUGGGACUAGAUAACAGAAAUUCAUCAUGAUGCAAAAUAGGAGGCACAAAAAUGUUUGACUUCACCUCCUUUCUUCCAGACUCAAAAAUCCCAAAGAACAGGAUAGAGAGCUAAAAACGAAAGCUUUUUGCAGCCAGAACGUAAUCCAACCCCUGUGAUCUUAAUUUAGAUACUGCACCAUUACUAAGAGUCAGAGUAGUACUUCAUCUUGUAAAUAACAAGAUUUAAUCACUGGCCUAAUUUAACACAUUUAGUUAAUUAAAGAAUGUUCUGAGCGUGAGUAAUCAUGUUUCGUCUCACCAGAAUGAUCACAUUUUUCUUCAUGCACCAUUUUCUUAGUUAAAGUCCAAACAUUACAGUAAAGCAGUAGUGAAGUUAAACUUGAACCAGGGAUUCUCCUUUUGGCUUUCUGCUCUGGCUGACCUACUAUAGUGGGUCUUGGGUGUUUCAUACUUCAGUUGUUGUAUAAGCUGUUUAUUUUUGUAUAAGAAGUGACUUCACUAGAGUAUCUAUUACAUCCAUUUUCCCUGACAGAAGAUUUCAUUUUUCCCCCAAAUGCCUGCCUGGCAGAGAACGUGUUUAUGCCGUUUAGGAUGUUUGUGCUGUCUAACUGACUAUGAGACAUGUCAUGCAAAUGACAUGUUACCAGGCCUGCAGUAGAGAAUCUGGGGCUGUUUUCACUGUUUUCCUCAGUGGAAAACUUUGCUGUAGGCUAUAGAAGAGACAUCUAACACAACACUCAGUUUAACUCAGGCCUGAAGUGCUGUGCAAUUGUAGAGGCCUUGCUUUAAUAUUUUAAUAUGGCUUUUCUGUAUGGAUUUUUUUUUUUUCCCCAAAGGACGGUAAUUUAUUUCCUUCAUUUUCUGACUGAUACAGCGUUUCCCAGGAACUUGCUCAAAGCCCCUAAAGUGCAGCUUCAUAAUAUUAUGAUAUUAAUGUUGCAUAUGUUGCCUGCCCUGAGUUUCUCUUUACGAUGUACUAAGGAUGAGUUAAGAUGUGGCUUUAAACUGACUUGGCGCAGGAACAGACCUGAAAGCUCAGACUAGGAAGGUGUGAAAGCCUUGGCUCUUUGUGGCUCGUUGUGAAAAGCUUUGUACCACUCCUGUGGCCUCCAGACAGAGGGGAUGGGGAACUUCCAAACCUGCUGGUCCAAACCCUUGAUUAAACUCAUAAUGGAAAUUGGAAUAAAGAAUGAUGUUUGUAGGUGGGUGUGCAGCUCCCCUGUUCUGGUAAUAGAUCUUUUCAAUGAUCGUGAGUAUAACUACUGUCUCCCUAGUGUGCUGUCUGCAUCGGUCGGUGUGAAGCAGCAUAUUGCUAUAAUUUAAUAUACUGUAUUUGCGACUUUCUCUCUAACAUGAGAUGGUGUUAUUUAUUUCUGUCUUGGUGCUUUUGACAUUUUAUCAUGGCUAAUGAAUUCAAAGAAGUAAUAAAACACUUCCAACCUAA